AUGCAAGCAGCUCCCGUCCUUCUUCUCACCGUCGCCUCACUUGCCGCCGUUCUCGGAGCUCCGGUUCGCUUUUCAGAUCAAUUUUGAAAAGUCUCGAAUUUUUAGGGAUUUUUAAAGCUUUUUCGCGUGAAAUUUCUCCUAGAAUGUUUUGAAGUGACUGAAAAAAACGCUGUUUCAAAGCAAAUAGACAAGUUUUGGGGAAAACAUUAUAGACCAUAAAUAUUCUUCGCCUUCUGUUGGGGUAAAAAAAGAUAAAAAGACGAUUUUCAGGCCGAGGAGGUGAAGAGCGAAGCGGCGGCCGGCCGUCACCACCGUCCCCCGCACGGCGGAUUCCCUCCACACUUCUGGCAGCCGCUCAUCCAAGAUCGUUCGUUUCGCUUAUAAAUAUCUAUCAAUUGCUUCCGAGCGGCGUGAAAAAAUCGCAUUUUGGCGGACCUGGCCCUAGAAAACUGGGUCUACCAAAAUGUCUGCCAAACAGUACACCGUGUAAUUACUGAGACUCGCGCUCUAACUAGAAUAGGGUCCGAUUUUUCGAAAAUCGUUCUUUUUCGAAGUCUAACGCGCCUUUUUACAGGCUUCGUGUGCGACCUGGACGCUUCGGUACUUUUGGUCGUCGACUCGAACCGUCACCACCACCGUAACCCGUACUUUGGCGCCCCGGCCAACCGAGCAGUCCGUGUCAAGUGUUCCGAAGUGGCGAACAACGACGAGGACUCGUGCAAACUGUGCUGCCAACAGACCGCCCGUCGCGACACCUCUCUGCCCAACGAGAAACUGUUCGGAUUCCUCGCCAUCACCAAGAUCAACGACGACGAGACGUUUACGAGAACCAAAAGAGAUGCCGAAGACGACGACGACGACGAUGAUGAGGACGAGAAGAGACGUCGCAACGGAGGAGGCAGAUUCCACAAGGUCGAUUCGACGUACGUCGUCGAGGCCAAAUGGACCCCCGACGCCUACAAUACCAAUGUGAAGUGCGUGUGCUGUGCUCCGAGAUCCAACCCGGCUGCUCAGGUGCGUCUUCUGUAAACCAUAAAAAUUAUUUUAAAAAAUCGAUUUCUAGAACCCGUCGACCUACUCAAACACGGCCUCCUCGCCCCCAGCACAGUCCCCGUACGGAUCCUCGUCCGGAUCGUCCAACACGUUCGGAAACCCGCAGCCGAUAACCGCCAACCCGGCCUCUUCCGCUUCUGCCCAGCAGCCGCUCGUCGACUCGUGGCAAUCCGAGUCUGCCGCCACCUGGGGAGCCGCCUCCGAUGCUCCGGCUUCUGCUCCGGCCGUCACUCCCGCUCCGGCCACCUCUACUUAUUAG